AUGAUGGCUGAAAGAAUGGAGCGGGAGCGUAUCCUGGCGCUCUACGGAGACUCCUUCCCCCGGCCCGCGGACGGGGAGAUCAUCUCUCAAUUCGGCGAUCGCUACGUGGUGCGCCAAGGAACAGCCAUCACGAAAUACACCAAACGUAAAACCGGCAUGGGCGCCAAUGACCACCCCAACGAAGCCUUGGCCCUUCGCUACAUCAGCGAGAAUACCUCAAUUCCUGUGCCCGAGGUGAUUUGCAGCGACUGGGACCGCAUCGCCAUGGAAUAUAUGGAUCAGCUUAGAGGGUACAUCUCGCAGAUGCGUGCCAUACCCGGCAACUUUAUUGGUCGCCUCGACCACCAAGGUGUUAUAAUUCUGGUGGGCCGUUUGCAAGAAUGGCUUGUUCGACCGCCGCAUCGGUUGGACUCAGAGUCGAUGUAG